GCUCUUUUUCAAGCGACUGCCAAAUCAAGUGUGAAAAUGGUGUCGUCGAUUCUUUUCGCGGUGGCUUCCGCCAUGACCAUGGCUUUCCAACACACGGAAGCGCUUUCUAUAAGCAACCAAACGUGUAAAUGCAUCCCUGGGGACGACUGUUGGCCAACUACCCAAGACUGGGAGGCUUUCAAUACCACAAUUUCUGGAAAGCUCGUGGCUCCCCGCCAACUUGCCUCCGUUUGUCACGAUCCAAACUACGACCAAGCUGCUUGUGAAUACAUUCGCGAACAGUGGACUCAGCCCGAAAUCCAUGAUGAAUCUCCCUCAUCAAUCAUGGCGGCAUCGGUGGCAAAUGGGAGUUGUGACCCUUUCACCGCGCGGGAGCUACCCUGUGAGCCUGGACUCAGCAUCAGCUACGCAGUGAAUGCAACAGAUCCAUCGGAUUUCACAAAGGCAAUCGCUUUUGCGCGUGACAGAAAUGUUCGCUUGGUCAUCCGAAAUACCGGUCAUGACUACCUGGGAAAGUCAACUGGAGAAUGGGCAUUGUCUAUCUGGACACAUCAUAUGAAAGACACCGAUUUCUUGCCAUCUUAUACCAGUGAGACCUACAUAGGGCCUGCUAUGAAGCUCGGGGCGGGAGUUCAAGUUGAAGAAGCCUAUACGGCAGCCCAUGCACACGGCCAUCUUGUUGUGGGAGGUGAUUGUGCAACUGUUGGCGUAGCCGGGGGUUACUUGCAAGGCGGCGGCCACUCGGCCCUCAGUUCCAUGUAUGGCAUGGCUGCGGACCACGUUCUGGAGUGGAAGGUAGUGGACGGGACCGGAACCCUCAUUACAGCCUCCCAGACGCAAAACAGUGAUCUCUACUGGGCGUUAUCGGGAGGUGGCCCCGGAACCUACAGUAUCGUCGUGUCAGUGGUUGUCAAACUCCAACCAGACACUUCAAUGACUGGCGUACAACUUCAGUUCGACCUCGAUCCAGAGAGGCCUGAGGUCUUCCACUCUGCAGUCAGCAAGUAUCACGAGCUUGUCCCCACAAUCACAUCAGGGCCUUACUACGGGAUGGGCAUUGCCGAAAUCACCAGCAGCAGCUUUUUCUUGACGCCACUCACCCUGCCCAAUGUAUCGGAUGGCGACGCAAGACAACUCCUGGCUCCGUUGAUCUCCCAACUGAACGACGACGGAGUCGAGUUCAACCUGACUAUUUCCGAGUCUCCCAACUGGCUGGAAUAUUGGCAGACCCUCAUCAAGCCCAAUCCUACCCAGCUGGUCCAAAACGCACAGUACGGCGGAUGGAUGAUACCGCGUACCGUGAUCGACGAACAGAGUGCGGAUCUGCAGUCAGCAAUCCAGAAAGUCACAGAUGUCGGUUGUGUCUUCGUCAGUCUGGCUCUCAAUGUCUCCAACCCGGAUACUCAGAACUCGGUUUUGCCGGCAUGGCGAGAGGCAGCACUGAACGUCAUCCUGUCAACGCCGUGGCCAGCGGGUGCACCCCUUGGGGAAAUGCAGGCCAAUGCGGAGAUGAUGACUCAAUUCUGUGUCCCUACUUUGUCUGACCUGGCCCCUGAUGCGGGUGCCUAUAUGAACGAGGCUGAUCCGAAUCAACCGGACUGGAAAACGGCUUUCUAUGGCGCUAAUUACGACCGCCUCUUGACAAUCAAGAACACUUACGACCCAGACCACCUCUUCUACGCAACAACAGCUGUUGGCAGCGAUUACUACACUAUAGACAGUGCAGGGAGGCUGUGUGAGGCGGACUAAAUGACAAACAAUUGGCAAUGAUGGACAUAUAGCCCACUUUAGACAUUUCCACAGACUGACUGUACCUUAUUUCAUAGACUGUAACUCACUUCACAGAAUAUGAACUUCUUCACAGAUCA